AUGAAAGAAACUAAUGAGGUAGGAGAAGACCAAACAAUUAAUAAUAACAAAUUAUUGUUAAAGCAUUCAAAAAAUAAAACAACAAAAGAAGCUGAUAACUUCAACAUUAAAAAAUCAAUAGAUUACAAUACCAAACCAAUUCUCAAUUCUAAGGAUAAUAAAAAAAACAAUAUUAACAAACAGAAUAGUGGUAAUGAUAAAAAAAAUGUUACUACUGUUAAUGCUAGUAUUACCACUAACAGUAAUAACACCAAUGUCUCUAAAAAAUUUAGAGCAGACAAAAAAUUUGGUGGAAAUGAUAAUGUACAUAAUGAAAACAAACAACUGCAACAAGAGUCGAACGAUAGUGUAAAAGGAAGUUUUAAAAAUAAUGGCAGGAAUAAAAGACGUGAUAAUAGAACAAGAACAAGAAAUAAAAGAACCAAGACCACGGGCCAGGAAUUCGUGUUAGGUCCUAGAUUAGUUAUUAGAAACCUACCACCAACUCUAACCCAAGAAGAGUUUUUGAAUGAAAUUAAUUUAAAGUGUUCCCCUUCUAAUGAUGAAAAUGAAGAAAAUACAAUCGAUUUCAUUAAAUUUUUCCAAUACUAUAAACAAGGCAAUUAUGAUAUAAAUAAUCCAUUCAAACCGCCACUUUAUUCAAGAGCCUAUUUCCAAUUUGAAUCACCAGAACAAAUAAAUAUGUUAUUUAUAAACAACAGUGAGUUUGUAGGAAAAUACAAAGAAACUAUUAAAUAUGAUUUAACAAAUUAUAAACCAGCAAAUUAUAACAAACCAGAUAGUGUUCGAGUAUCCGUAUCUAAAAAAAGAUUAGAGAAUACUAUUGAACAAGAUCCAUAUUUCAUAAGGUUUGUUAAAAACUGGGAAAUGCUUACGAACAACAAGACCAAAGCUACGAAGGAAAAAGAUAAUGAUAAUAAUGUGGAAAAUAAAAAUACCAUGUUGUUACUGAAUGAAAUGAGUGUUUUUAGUGCAAAUUUGAAAAGGGAGUUAUUUAAAAAGGAAAAGAUGGAAAAACACAAGAAUUUUGCAAUCAAUUCAACGCUAGAUGAAUUAACAAUGAUAAAUACCCGUUCCGGUAAUGCUAACAAUGAUAACAAUGGCAAGAGUUAUAUAAAAACUAGGAAAGGCCGUGGUAGGAAAGCUAAUAAUAAAGUACCUGGUUCCAAUGGCAAUACCGAUAGAAAAGGAGAAGAAACUAGUGGCAAUAAAGAGAAUGAUAGAAAUAGAAGUAAAAAUAUAAAAAGAAACGAUCGUCGGAAAAGUCAUAAAGAGAGAGGUGCUAAUGAAAAUGUAAAGGGGAAAGGGAAUGAUAUCAGUAAUAAAAGAGGUAUUGGAAUGGCAAUAAAAAAAAAUAUUGGGAAUGCUGGCGAUAAUAUGGAAGAAAAGAAAUUAAAAGCAAAAGUAGUGAUUAAAAAAAGGGAACGCAGUGGUGAUGCUAAGAUUGUUGAUAAAAAUAAAAAUAGUGAUGAUAAUGAGAACAACAGCAAUAAAAUUGAUAAAAUUGCUGGUAGUAAUAAUAAUAAUAAUAAUAAGAAAAAGAAGAAGUGGGGCAACACCAACAAGAAGAGCAUUGAAAAUAAAAAUAUCAAUGUUGUUAGGAAAGAUAAUCCAAACAAAAACAAUAAAGAUAAAGAGAAAGGUAAUAAUAACUUUGCUAAGGAUAAUUCUGAUAAAAAAAUUAAUAACAAUAACGGUACUAAUUACCAAAAUACCAGAAGAAAAAUCAGAGCCAAAAAUACCAAUAAACAGUCCAGUUAG